CCAUGGCUACAGGACAGGUGCUGUUUCAACGUUUUUUUUAUACCAAGUCCUUUGUGAAGCAUUCCAUGGAGCACGUGUCAAUGGCCUGUGUUCACCUGGCAUCCAAAAUUGAAGAAGCACCAAGGCGCAUAAGAGAUGUCAUCAACGUGUUCCAUCGCCUUCGACAUCUACGGGAAAAAAAAAAACCUGUGCCUCUCAUACUGGAUCAAGAAUACGUGAACUUGAAGAAUCAAAUUAUUAAGGCAGAAAGAAGAGUGCUGAAGGAGUUGGGAUUUUGUGUUCAUGUAAAGCACCCUCACAAGAUAAUCGUUAUGUACCUUCAGGUAUUAGAAUGUGAACGUAACCAACACCUGGUCCAGACGUCAUGGAAUUACAUGAACGACAGCCUGAGAACAGAUGUCUUUGUCAGAUUCCAGCCAGAAAGCAUUGCCUGUGCGUGUAUUUACCUCGCAGCCAGGACGCUGGAGAUUCCACUUCCUAAUCGCCCGCACUGGUUUUUACUCUUUGGAGCGACAGAGGAAGAAAUUCAAGAAAUCUGCUUAAAGAUUUUGCAGCUUUAUACUCGGAAAAAGGUUGAUUUAUCUGAUCUGGAAAGUAAAGUAGAAAAGAAGAAAUUAGCUAUCGAAGAGGCAAAAGCACAAGCUAAAGGUCUAGUACCUGAGGGAGCCCCAAGUUUGGAUAACACAUCGGGUUUUUCCCCUAUCCCGAAAAAUGAGUCUCCAAAAGAAGUUAAAGGAAAUAAACCUUCACCGCUACCUGUUCAGGCAAUGAAGAAUGCUAAAAGGAAAGUAGAGGGAGCAAAACGAACGAGUUCUAACAGCCCAGUAAAUGGUGUUCAGAAAGGAAGAGAAAGUAGAAGUCGAAGUGGAAGUCGAGAUCAAAGUUAUUCAAGAUCACCAUCCAGAUCUGCAUCCCCUAAGCACAGGAAAAGUGAGAGUUACUCCACAUCCAGCGGUUCCAAGUCCCACAGCCGGUCUAGGAGCCGCAGCGACUCUCCCCCAAGACAGUUCAACCACAGUUCGAGCUACAAAGGUUCCAAGGUGAGAAGUUACAAGAAAUCGAAAGACUACAAAUACUCGACACACAAACCACGGAAAUCGCGCAGCAGGAGUUCGUCCCGUUCCAGGAGCCGAUCCCGGGAGCGCUCCGACCAUUCGGGGAAGUACAAGAAGAAGAGUCACUACUAUAGAAAUCACAGGCACGAGCGUUCGCGCUCCUAUGAGCGAGCAAGUCAUCGCUAUGACCGAGACCAUCCCGGCCACAGUAGGCACAGGCGGUGAAUAAAGCAAAAAGUUCUUUCCUUUGGAAUGUAAGCAGGAGCUCUUCCCCAUUUGGGCUUGGCAGUAUAGGGUUAACCUGGCUUGUAAACCACCUAGCUUGAGUAAUGUCCAUUCUGCUGGCAAUUCUGUAUUUGCUCUCACAAAUCCGAAGGACAGACGUGAACGGGACGGGAUGAUGUGAAAGACUUUAAGCUGAUAAAUGUCUCAGUGACUGUUCUGACGUGGUAACGCUGCAGAACUUGUCUCUGGGUGCUCCUAUGCCUGUUCUUUAGUGAAUUGCGUUCCCUAGUGCAGUGGAGUGUUUUUUGGGACUUCCAGUUCUGCAAGCAGGACCCCCAUUGCUCAGUAGUGGGAAUACUGUGCUGCCCAGUCCUUCCCUGUGGAACUAGAAGGCUCCAGACAGUUGGUAAAACCCCUCGGAGUGGCUCGGUGCUAACAAAGCUGUCUUUUCAUACUGACUCAAUUAUGUUGUACAAAUGCAAGGUGACUUUUUUUUUUUUUUUUUAGAACUGUUGCCUAUAUUAGGUUAUAUAUGUGUAUAUAUAUUUUGCAGUGUUACAGUACAGUAUGGGAAAACGGCCUUACUAGCCUUUACACUUUGUCCACAAUGUAAAUAAGCAUUUGUUUAAUACAGGUGGAAGAUAUAUACAGAAAAUUCAAAACUUGAAUUCUAUCGAAAGACUUGUGUAGAAAGUUCUGAUAAAUGUGAAAGUAUUUAGCUCUGUGUAUCGAGAGUAGUAUAUUUUUAUCUGUGCAAUGCUGCGUGCAGGCCACCAGCUCCUAAGACGUUUCCUAUGUAUACAUUUUAAGUGGUUUGAAGUUCUUUACUCAGGAUCUUUGACACUCUGAAGAGUUGGUAGUUUGUCAAUCUGCAUGCUUGUUGAAGAACAGAGCGUUUAAAAAAAACCACAACCAAACAACAGAACCCAGUUAGCAAAAUCCCUACAGCCCAGUAGUAUCAGUUCUAGUGGUAUAUCUGAGCUGUUACUCUGAUGCUCCCUAAUUUCAUUAAAGUGUUUGAUUUU